AUGAAGAAAGUUGAAGCACCUCGCGCGAGCGCCGUUGCCGCAUCAGAGACUGUCGUUGUCAUAGCCGGAGAUGAGGGAAAGCGGUACACUCUACACAAGCGGCUUUUGAGGCACUAUUCCGGAUAUUUCCGUCGGGUAUUCGUCCACGGGGUCAAUGAGCAUCGCAUGCACAACGCGACAGUUGAAGGCUUCGAUGUCUUCGUUGAUUGGAUAUAUGAGACAAGACUGCGCCCUUCUGUCGACAUGCAUGGCGAUGAGAUGAACUGCAUGCUCAAGGCCUACCUGGUGGCGGCAGAACUGUCAGUUGGACCACUGAAGAAGGCGGUGAUGAACCGGAUGUUUGAUGAUCUCUCAAGAGGAGGCAGUGUCAGGGCUUGGGCUGUCCAAUGGAUGUUUGAGUCUUUGCCAAACAACGACCCCUUCCUUCAGCUCAUCGUAGACGCAUUUUGCAUCAACGAUGGUGUGAAGAAUAUGGACGUGGAGGAGUUCGCGAUGAUCGACGACCUACCGAAGCAGUAUCUGUGUCGUAUACUCCGAAAGCAGCACCAGCUGAGCGAGCUACCAGACAAGAACCGAGUUCUUGCACGCGAAGACUACAGCAUGGUGGUCUGCCUGUAG